CUCUGAAACGCAUAUUCCUCUUUAUCAUCUAUCAUCUGUCUCUCACCGUCUUUUUUAUUUCGUCUUCCUCAUCUUUCUCCUCUCCGAACCUCUCUAAGAACGAAGAGGUUCGAAAGAAAUGGCGACGGAUUACAACAGAGCCGAUGAUUUCUUAUUUUCUCAGCAACAGCAAGAGUCUACGGCUGGUGCAAAUAAAUACGGAGGACUUGUGCCAAAGAAAAAGCCUCUUAUCUCUAAGGAUUACAAACGUGCUUUCUUUGAUUCAGCAGAUUGGGCUUUACACAAGCAAGAAGCAAGUAUAGAUGAGAGAACAAUAGCGGCAAUAGAAAACCUAAGACCCAAAUUGCAGAGAACGCCUCGCAAGAAACUUCCCCCUAGAAGACCUACCUGUGCAACUGGACAUGAUAAUUUGACAGAGUCGAGCUUUUAGGGGUACAAGGAAAAGGGAUUGACGUGGAAAUGGAACGUGAUUGGUUUGGUAGUGAGCCUACUCACGUGUUUCAUGUUUCCAUUUAAAACUUGUAUGCACAGUUUGUUCGGUUUUGGUUUUUCCCCCUUGGUUCACAAAAUGCUUGUCGUUUCAAUAAAAUCGCCCAGACACUUGUUGCUGUUUCUUUCUUUU